CGCGCUAGGCCCGCCCGGCGGCCCCGCGCAGUGCCCUCCGCGGGCCCGGCACUAGGCGGGCCGGAGGAUGAGCCAGCAGCCGGCGGGGAAGAUGUCGGCGGCUCCCCUGGCGGCCGAGGCGCCGGAGCCGGCGGCGGGGAUGCUCGAGGGCCGCCAGAGGAAGCUGGAGUCCAUGAUCCGCGACCCGCGCUCCCCGGUCAACGUGGAGAGCCUUCUGGACGGCUUGAAUUCUUUGGUCCUUGAUCUGGAUUAUCCAGCACUGAGGAAGAACAAGAACAUUGAUAAUUUCUUAAAUAGAUAUGAGAAGAUUGUGGAAAAAAUCCGAGCUUUACAAAUGAAAGCUGAAGACUAUGAUGUUGUAAAGGUGAUUGGAAGAGGGGCUUUUGGAGAAGUGCAACUGGUUCGCCAUAAAAUGACACAGAAAGUUUAUGCAAUGAAGCUACUUAGUAAAUUUGAAAUGAUCAAGAGAUCAGAUUCAGCCUUUUUCUGGGAAGAAAGAGAUAUCAUGGCCUUCGCCAACAGUCCGUGGGUGGUUCAGCUAUUUUGUGCCUUUCAAGAUGACAAGUACUUGUACAUGGUAAUGGAAUACAUGCCAGGUGGAGAUCUUGUAAACCUUAUGAGCAAUUACGAUGUGCCUGAGAAAUGGGCCAAGUUCUACACAGCCGAAGUUGUUCUUGCUCUUGAUGCAAUUCACUCCAUGGGCUUGAUACACAGAGAUGUGAAGCCUGACAAUAUGCUUUUAGAUAAACAUGGGCAUCUGAAGCUGGCAGAUUUUGGCACUUGUAUGAAAAUGGAUGAAACAGGAAUGGUGCGCUGCGACACAGCCGUGGGAACCCCCGACUACAUCUCGCCCGAAGUUCUGAAGUCGCAGGGGGGUGAUGGUUACUAUGGACGGGAAUGUGACUGGUGGUCUGUAGGGGUGUUCCUUUUUGAGAUGUUAGUUGGUGAUACUCCUUUUUAUGCAGACUCACUAGUAGGAACAUACAGUAAAAUUAUGGAUCAUAAGAACUCAUUACAUUUCCCGGAUGACGUGGAAAUCUCUAAGCAUGCGAAGAACCUUAUCUGUGCCUUUUUAACUGAUAGGGAUGUGCGACUUGGGAGAAAUGGGGUAGAAGAAAUAAAGCAUCACCCUUUCUUCAAAAGCGAUCAGUGGAACUGGGACAACAUUCGAGAGACUGCUGCUCCUGUUGUUCCUGAGCUCAGCAGUGAUAUAGAUAGCAGUAAUUUUGAUGACAUUGAGGACGACAAGGGAGACGUGGAAACCUUUCCAAUCCCCAAAGCCUUCGUGGGAAACCAGCUGCCUUUCAUAGGAUUUACCUACUAUAGAGACAAUUUGUUGCUAAGUGACUCCUCUCAGUCUUGCAGAGAAAAUGAAUCUGUGCAAUCUAGUAAAAAUGAGGACAGCAAGGAGUUUCAGAAAAAACUAAGCAAGCUAGAAGAACAGCUCAGUAAUGAAUUGCAAGCCAAAGAUGAACUAGAACAGAAGUACAGGUCUACAAGUACUCGUUUAGAGAAGAUAUUGAAAGAGCUCGAUGAAGAGAUAACUUCAAGGAAGAAUGUAGAGUCUGCAGUCAGGCAGUUAGAGAGAGAGAAGGCUCUUCUUCAGCAUAAGAAUACAGAAUACCAGAGAAAAGCAGAACAUGAAGCAGAUAAGAAACGCAAUUUGGAAAAUGAGGUUAACAGUUUGAAAGACCAGCUUGAAGAUUUAAAAAAGAGGAAUCAGAACUCUCAAAUAUCUAAUGAGAAAAUCAAUCAACUACAAAGACAGUUGGAUGAAGCCAAUUCUUUGCUGCGGUCAGAGUCUGAUACUGCAGCCAGGUUAAGGAAGAACCAGACAGAAAGCACAAAGCAAAUCCAGCAGCUGGAAACUAAUAAUAGAGAACUACAAGAUAAGAACUGCCUGCUAGAGAAUGCGAAACUCAAACUGGAGAAGGAGUAUCUCAAUCUUCAGUCAGCUCUAGAAUCAGAAAGGAGAGAUCGAAGUCAUGGAUCAGAGAUUAUCAGUGAUUUACAAGGUCGAAUAUCUAGCCUUGAAGAAGAAGUGAAAAGUGGAAAGAGUGCAUUAGCCAAACUGGAAAUGGAGAAAAGGCAAUUGCAGGAAAAGCUCACAGAUUUAGAAAAGGAAAAGAGCAACAUGGAAAUAGAUAUGACAUAUAAAUUUAAAGUUAUGCAGCAGAACCUUGAGCAAGAAGAAGCUGAACAUAAAGCCACAAAAGCACGAUUAGCAGACAAAAACAAGAUCUAUGAAUCUAUAGAGGAAGCAAAAUCUGAAGCCAUGAAAGAAAUGGAGAAGAAACUUUUGGAAGAGAGAGCUUUAAAGCAAAAAGUAGAAAAUCGGUUGUUGGAAGCUGAAAAGCAGCGCUCCAUGUUGGACUGUGAUCUCAAACAAUCACAGCAGAAAAUCAAUGAGCUCCUUAUGCAAAAGGAUAUACUAAAUGAAGAUGUAAAAAACUUGACAUUAAAAAUAGAGCAAGAAACACAAAAGCGCUGUCUCACUCAAAAUGACCUCAAGAUGCAAACGCAGCAGGUCAACACCUUGAAAAUGUCAGAGAAGCAGUUAAAACAGGAGAAUAACCAUCUUCAGGAAAUCAAAUUAAGUCUGGAAAAACAAAACAAUGAACUCCGCAAGGAACGUCAAGAUGCAGAUGGACAAAUGAAAGAGCUUCAAGACCAACUCGAAGCUGAACAGUAUUUCUCGACUUUGUAUAAGACGCAAGUUCGAGAACUUAAAGAAGAAUGUGAGGAAAAGACCAAAAUUUGUAAAGAAAUGCAGCAAAAAAUACAAGAGUUACAGGAUGAGAGAGAUUCCUUGGCUGCUCAGCUAGAGAUUACUUUGACAAAAGCAGAUUCAGAACAACUUGCCCGUUCCAUUGCUGAAGAGCAGUACUCUGAUUUGGAAAAAGAGAAGAUUAUGAAAGAGCUGGAGAUUAAAGAGAUGAUGGCAAGGCAUAAACAGGAACUUACUGAGAAAGAUGCCACCAUAGCUUCCUUGGAGGAAGCAAAUAGGACACUAACCAGUGAUGUGGCUAAUCUUGCUAAUGAGAAAGAAGAACUAAACAAUAAACUGAAGGAAGUACAAGAACAAAUUACAAAACUAAAAGAAGAAGAAGCAAAUAUAGGAAAUAUUAAAGCACAAUUUGAGAAACAGUUGUUGACUGAAAGGACAUUAAAAACCCAGGCUGUGAAUAAAUUGGCUGAGAUUAUGAAUCGGAAGGGUCCAGUCAAACGUGGAUCUGACACUGAUGUACGGCGGAAGGAAAAGGAAAAUAGGAAGCUGCAUAUGGAACUGAAGUCUGAACGAGAAAAGUUAACCCAAAUGAUGAUCAAAUAUCAGAAGGAAAUAAAUGAAAUGCAGGCACAAAUUGCAGAAGAGAGUCAGAUCCGGAUUGAGCUGCAGAUGACUCUGGACAGCAAGGACAGUGACAUUGAACAGCUUCGUUCCCAGCUGCAGUCCCUGCACAUCGGGCUGGACAACAGCAGCAUUGGCAGCGGGCCUGGAGAUGCUGAGGCAGAUGAUGGAUUCCCUGUCCGUAUCACUCAAUCCCACACUAUGGAAUCCAUGUCCUUUACCUAUCAGCACUCUUCCACCUCUGUCAGUAUUGCCACUAAGCCUUCCAGUUCUCGCACGCUUCUUGAUUCUGAUUCUGACUCAGAGGAAGAACCUUUGUCUUGUUCACACAGUCCUACAGAAGUUGAUAGCACAGAAUCAAGAUUGGAAGGCUGGCUAUCACUGCCUGUUAGAAAUAACACUAAAAAAUUUGGAUGGGUUAAAAAGUAUGUAAUUGUAAGCAGUAAGAAGAUCCUAUUCUAUGACAGCGAACAAGAUAAAGAACAAUCUAAUCCCUAUAUGGUAUUGGAUAUAGACAAACUCUUCCAUGUCCGACCAGUCACUCAGACUGAUGUGUACAGAGCAGAUUCCAAGGAGAUUCCAAGGAUAUUCCAGAUUCUAUAUGCUAAUGAAGGAGAGAGCAAAAAGGAACAGGAAUUUCCUGUGGAGCCCAUGGGAGAGAAGUCAAAUUACAUUUGUCACAAAGGACAUGAGUUUAUACCUACUCUUUACCACUUUCCAACCAAUUGUGAAGCUUGUAUGAAGCCACUGUGGCAUAUGUUUAAACCUCCUCCUGCUCUGGAAUGUCGCCGCUGCCACAUCAAAUGUCACAAAGAUCACAUGGAUAAAAAAGAAGAGAUUAUAGCGCCUUGCAAAGUGUACUAUGAUAUUUCUACGGCAAAGAAUCUACUACUGUUAGCUAAUUCUACGGAAGAGCAGCAAAAAUGGGUGAGCCGACUGGUGAAAAAAAUACCCAAGAAGCCUCCAGCACCAGACCCCUUUGCUCGAUCUUCUCCCAGAACUUCCAUGAAGGUACAGCCAAACCAGUCCAUCAGACGACCAAGUCGACAGCUUCCUCCAAACAAACCAAGAUUACUUGAUCUGGCAUUUAAGGACUGGGAUUGGUCAUUUGAUGAUGUUGAUGAUAUUGAUGGUGAUGAUGAUGACGAUGUUUUUGAUUUCUGAAGAAGUAUAAGGGCUAACUGCUUUCCGUGAAUGCAGACACAGUUCAAGGUGAUAAUUUUCUUCCCAUUACAGCAAGACUGAAACAUAUCCCAAAAUAUAUUAAAAAUAUAUAUUUUCCUGAGAGAUUGUGCUAUAUAUAUCAGAGGUUUACAUUUUUGCUGCAAUAUAAAUUACUAAUCUGAGGGUUUUCCUGUAUUCUCCCAAGUGACUGAUCAAUUGAGGAAUGGUUGGCAAAUAGUAAAAGGAUAUGUUAGGUAACCUUUUAAACUCUGUUCCACAAAAGCUUUCUUGGCAAGACACAUACACUACAUUUCAUUAAAGGAUUGAGAGGAAUGAAUAUUAAAUGGAAGAAACUGAUUUCUCAGCUUUUGUAAAGAUGCCACCAGCACGUCUGCAACCAGAACCGGAGGAAGAUCCACCAUAGUGAUAUAGACUGCAUCUGUAAGAAGUGACCAUUAUACUGUGUAUAUAUAUUGUACUGUAAUACUGCAAGAGGGUUUUAAAAAUCUUUCCACUUUAUUUUUUUAUGCUUAUUAAUCAGAUACCGUUACUUAUUGCAGUUGCAACUAUGCACUUGUAUAAAGCCAUACUGUUGAAGUUUAUAUCAUUCAUACACGUCUAUCAGAAGCUGCAUGUCAGUGUUCAGCAGCUAGUAUAGGUUUGAAGUAUGUACUAAUUUCAGCUGUACGUCAUCAUGGGCAGUCCUGUUUUACCUGUCUAAUAGCCUUAAUUUAAACUUUUUUCAAUUUUUUUUGCCCAUUCUUUCUAUUUAAGGAAAAAGAAAGUUUACCGGCUCUUAGAAUGCAAUUUUGCUUUGUGGCAGAAAAAAUAGUGCACUAUUUUUACACCUAGUAAGUAUAUCAAUGUCAGCCUAUUUUGAAUGUAUAUUGACUGGUUUUAAGGGUGGAGAAGUGUUGGUUACAGAAACAAUGUCGGAGAGCAUUGGAAUUACCAGACCAUUUGCUUGUACAUGUAACUGCUCAUCCAGCCCUUUUUACGAACCUCAGUACUAGUUAUUGACUUAUAUUAACCCUCAUUAAGUGCUAUGAAACUUCAUUUUGCCUUGUUUUUGCAUACUCUCCUAGAUGUGUUUUUUUUUUUUAUUUUUGGAAAGAAAAAGAAUCUGUGACUAUUUUUACAUUUCACAACACAAUAUCCAAGGACUGUCACAAACUUUAAGAAAAGUAAAACAUACUGUAGAUGUAUUUUAAAGUUUUAAUCUGGUUCUCUAGCACAUAGCUGUAGGCAUAGAUAAAUAUUUCAGUAGUGCGUUUUGAGAACUGAUAGCUGGGAAGAAAGGGCCUCAGAGGCACUUAACCUGACUUCUUUUUUUUAACUUGGAGUUGUACAAAAAAUAUAAUUUAUGUGGGCUCAUUCAUGAUGUGUUCAUAAUUAUCCCAGAAAAUGCAUGUUUUAUACAACUACAGUAUGUGAUGUUAAACAUAUUGACAGUAAAAAAUAUAGUCUCCUAUUUGGUCUCUUUAUAUAUAUAUAUAAAUAUAUAUAUAUAUUUAAAAUAUAUAUAUAUAUAAAAUAUUGUGUGGGAGUGCAGUAAUUUAAAAUAUGAUCUAACACUUCAAUGAAGGAGGACAUUUCACUUUAAAAUUUUUUUUGUUUUUGUUUUUUAAAGAGUGUUGAAAUGUUUGGAAGGAUAGGACCAUGAUUUAUUUAACACUAUCAUGAAAAGUGAACUUGGAAACACUGAAAUACUGAAAAUUAAAAAAUAUAUUUACAUUUUGUAACCUCUACUACAGUUCAGCUUAACAGAGCCAGAAUGUAUUCAGUCUUCUAUUUAUGCACUCACAAAGUAAAAUGUUGUUUGUGAGUUCUUAAAAUCGAAGCUAAAACUUUCAUAUCAUUUUUUAUUAGGUAUUCUAACCCAGCGCACAGCUACAGUGUUUUUUCCCUGCUUGUUUUGAUUUACAGAAAUACGGUAUAUUUUUAGGUGAUGCAGAUAUGCAUAGAGAACAACAUUAAAAAUGUAUACAGUAAAACUGUUUCCGUUCACUGAAUGCAUAAAUAUUUUAUAUAUAUAUAUAAAAAAAUGUUACAUUGUGGGAAGUUCUAUCCUUUUCUGAAUUGGAGAAUAUUAUAUAUAUAUUUUUAAAUAAACUAUUUGAGUAAGGUAAAAUAGUUCCUGAACUUGAGAAGCUGGUAAUUAAUUGAAUUUAAUUGAAUUUAAUUAUAGAGGCAACUACUGCGGCAGACAUGGGAAAGGCAAGGACAAAGCCUGUGUGAGGAGGGAGCGCAGACUCCAGGGGAGCUGUUUGGCAGCUCCUCCACUGCUGGGGCUGGAUCCAUUGCACUUUUCUCUCCCUGGCCUGCCCUCAUUUACUGUUAAUCCCUGGGGCCCUGUUAAGCCUGACAUUUCAGGAAAUGUACUAUAUUAUAGUAUUUACUGGCCCCAGUUUAUACGUUCUGUGCAUUUAUACAUUGCAGCAGGCUGUAUUGAGAUGGUGUUGUAGAGCAGUACAGGCUGAGAGAGCGCACUGGAGGUCCUGUGCUCUGACCUCUACCUCAGAGCAGGGCUAACUUAGCACCAGUUCCUCAAGGCCAGUGGUAUGAUGUGUAUGAACCUUGAUUUGUACACAGGACACAAAAGGCAAAGCUGCUCUUCUGUUCUUCUCACUUGUCCUACUGUGAAACGCAAAGAACUCUUAAAUGCCGGUUCCUGGAGAUUGUGUUGUUUCCUUAUUGUCCAGUGGUGACCUUUUAACAUUUUUGAGAGAAGGGUAUAUUCAUGAACUAAAGAAUAUUUUUCUUGAAAGCCACAGAUGUUUAAACACUUUCAUUUUGUAACAGGGUUGUCCCAGCAAACAGGACAUUUUUAUGGCCUGAAUGAUUUAUCUAUAGAAAAUUCUGUCACUGCAAGUCCUUUUGUUUCACAAGAGUAAACAAGUAGCAUAGCCAAGCUGCAUAUUAACCUUCUGGAAAAAUCAGGGUUCAAACUUGGAUCCAGAAGCUUCGGACACUUGUAGGGAAGUUGCUCUUUAGUUCCCAAUCCAAAAGCUCACCAGCAGAGAAGCUGGACAGGAAGACCCCGUUGGAGUUACCGUGUCAGUUGUCAGAAAGACCUUUCUGCAAGGAGAUUUCCACUUCUGUCCUAGUUGUGUGCUGCAAUUCCCUACUUCUAGUGUUUCCUGCCAAAGCGCAGCCCCUCCCAGCACUACCAGCAAUCCAGCACCACGUCUGCUUUUACUAGAGGAAAACUGUGGUUCUUGUGCUUCUGAGCAUGGUUGAUGCUGUAACCAAAAUGUGACCCAGAAUCACAUACCAUGUAGGACUUGGAAACAUGCAAGAGGCCCAUGGAUCUCGGCAGUCAGUGACAGGGGCCAGAUUAAAAACAUCACUGAAAUUCCACUGCAAGUGUCCAGAUCUCUUACUACCUCUUGAUGGCACUGAACCUCCUACAUUUUGACAGACAUUCAGUGGCUCUCUGAAGGCACCAAGGCCAGAAAAGCUACCAGUGAAAUUGUAUGCUUUUUCUCUUUAGUUUCUCAGGCAGUGUCAAGUGAUCAUGAGAAAUUUGAGCAUUUGUGUUUGUAAUCUUAUAAUCUAUUAGUUUCCCAUCUAGCUUUGAGAGAAUCAUCCUUGGAAGAGGAUUUAUAUAUUUUGGUCUCAAGUGCCUUUACCCGUCAUAUGCUUGUGAGGUGAUAUUUGGGAUGCUGCUGUGAAAGGGGGAAAUGUAUAUGAAAACAAACUUCUUACCUGCAUUGCUCUUACAAACUCUUACUGUCUCCUAAUUCUGUUUCUGAGGCAGGUGAACAUAACAGUACAUGGUCCACUUCAGUGAACUUGAGUAUUUCAGUCUCUUUCACAUUCCUGGAUAGUUUGCCUCAGCAUUGAUGUUAAAAUAAGGAUUAAUUUAUUUUAUCAUAGAAUCAGAGACUAUCUCAAGUUGGAAGGGACCCAUAAAGAUCAUGGAGUCCAACUUCCUGCUCUUCACAGGACAACCUAAAACUAAAUCAUAUGACUAACAGCAUCAUCCAGACACUCCUUGAACUUUGACAGGCUUGGUGCCUUUUCAGUGCAUUACAGUUUUUUAUGGACUGUCAUCUCUGCACAUAGUACACUUUAAACUGAAAACAUUAUUAUUUUUAAGAUUAGCUUCUGAACCACUUAGGGUUUUAUCAGCAUCCCAAGGAUCAUGUGUUUUUUCCUACUGCUUAGAAGUAUCCUCCAUAAGAGCAGGAAGGAGUCUUCUUUUGGAUCUCUGUAAAAUAUGUUGAUGGAGUGGUUCUGAAACUAGUUUGUGUUCUUGGUUGAAGUUGCCUAUCAAGUGGACAGGAAUAUACUCAGACAUUCUCAUCUGAGAAAUGAGAUGAGUCUAUUGAGAUGUAUGUGGCUGAAAAGAGCACCGUGGUUAACACAUCGAGCCUAAUUGUCCCCAGAAACUACUGUAGUGAAUGGAAAAUCUCACUGUAAAACCACAGCUCCAAGAAGUGGGGAUGCAGAGGAACUGUAAUUUAUUGGCACAAGGAUGCUGAUUACCAGGCCUUAUUAAUGAAGAUUGGCGUUUGGAGUCUUUGCCCCUUUGUAGGAAGGAAGCAUUGUUUUAUAAAGGUAAGAAAGACACGUUACUGCUUGCUAAUGGAAGGGUGAAGCCUUGGAUUUGACUGCAGGUGGUUUUGCUCCAAUAAUCUUAAGAGAAGCUCCAUGAUAAAAGUGAUCUUUCAAGAGGAAAGUCACAGUGAAAGCCAACAAAAUUUCAAAGUUAUAAAUGUAUGUAGUCCCGCAUACUUUAAAGAAAUCUGGAAACACGUCACCCUGAAAAGAAAGGGCAGAGAGCACAGUAAUUUCAUUUUUUGAAGGAUCUACAUAGAAAUGCUUUCACAGACAAGACAACCACAUGUGAUGCUUUGGUCUAUUGCCCCAUUUUGAGGUUGAGGCCUUUGGUGUUUGUUCAGAGAUGUGAGCCUGUUUGUAUGUAUACUCUUACACUGUGUACCAGUGGGCCUCGUAGGUCAUCUAGUUCUUGUCAUUUGUUAUUGCUCUUUGGGGUGUUUUUUGCCCAGGAUGCUGUUGCAGCACUGGGUAAGCAUGGCCACCCAAUAAGAAGUACAUCAGGCUUGUGAGAUCACUGCCAAUCCUCUUCCUUUGGGUCACCAACUUCAGGCACUGAAUUGCCUUGGAUAUGUGCUACUUUUUAUUAACAAGUGAACUGGUGGAAAUGUUUUCUGGAGGUAUCUGAGAUAUUAAAUAACUUUUUUGAGGCUGAAGGAGCCAGGAGUCCCACUGUCUGAGCCCUGUUUCAUAUCUGCUUGCCCUGGUGGUGUCUCUUGCCUCAGCUGUGUUCCACUUUCCAAUAGACUCUCAAAGCAGAUCUUGCACAUGGGUGCAGGUCUGGCUGCAGCUUCAGGACUUGCAUUUAUUUGCUGGAUCCCAUGGCCUCAUGUGUCUGUGUGAUGUCCAGCAUAUUACAAUCCUUAUGUCCCGGAGGCCAACAAAUUCAGUAGGACCUGUGUAGCCAUUACCCCCCUCUGCAGUGAUGGAAGGACUAGAUAAAUACAAUAAGAAGGCUCCCCUACAUGUUUCGUAUCCUGUUCAGAGAUACAGCAAUGGGAGUUGUAUUACUGGAAGGGGGGCAAACAUGCAAGCUUAAAAAAAAAAAAAACAAAGCUGAGAGAGGAAAGUAUCCUUGAGCUCAGAGUCCAUGAGGACUGAAAGUUGUGCCAACAGUGCAUAUCAUGGGAAAAAAAUUUAAAUCUCACAAGAUAAGUCGCUCUCUUGAAAGUCAGACCACUGGAAUCUUUAUUUAGUCAGUUGCUCAAAGGUGAAAGAAUUUCUUUACAGUAAUUGGGUACUUAAAAUAUGCUUUACACGAGCUCAAUUUGUGCUCCAUUAGUCAUGAUUUACAUGACAGAGAGGACGCUGAGGCAUAGGAUGUGUAUUCUUCCAUUUAUGAUUUUCAUAUAAUUUGAGUCAGGUCAGCAUCUUGGUAUUGUUGGCCAGAGCCUUCAAAUUCCAAAGCAGAAUUCUUGUACAUCGCAGAGCAGGCAUAUGCACCGAUGACUUGCAAUUACAAUAAGGUGGUAAGUAGGAUUGAUUUCAGCAUGGAGCCAUGUUACUAUUCAGUUUAAAUCAGAAUUAUCAUUAGCUAACUUCUCUUGUCACAUUUUAGGCUGGUGCAGGUUCUGUUCUUUACAUCAGUUUCCAGAAUACUUGACAGAUAAAACAAGAUGUCUGUCCAGUUAAGGUUCCCUCCUUGUGAGUCGGUGAUAGCACAUAAUGCACAGAAGUACUUGUUUAGGCUACUGACAAUUUAAGACAGUUACGAGCUGAAAUAAUGAAACAAAACAGGGUGUUAACAAAAUUUUGACAAGUAUUUAAAUUGUCUUUCAGGUAUCCCCAGUUAAAUUUCAUCAAAAGUAUAAUUUUAAAAACCUCUUAUUUUACCCCUAGUCCAAAGACUGGGUUAUUUUUCAAGACAGAGAUGGUGUUUGCCCCAAACCUCUUCCAGUGUAGAAUGGAAUAGUUGACAUCUUUAACUUGAAAAUAUCUGUAUGUCUAUCUUGCCAUCAGGCAGGAAACACCUGAGGUCCAUCAGGACUCAGGUCUCUGAGACUGCCAAGAUCUUGCAGUUGGAUCCAUCUCAAGUGAUGAGCUGUCACGUUCUUAGGUGAUGUUUAUUGUGGUUCCCAGACACCUGUUUGACCUCAACAGCUAUCAUCUCCGAGAACUCUGAAGCAUCCUGGAGAACUGUGGCUCAAAAUCAAGCAAAUUAAAAUUCAGUACAAAUCAAGAACUUAGUAACAUCUUAAGAUUUUUUCUCAGCUUUCUCACCUUCCAAACUGAGACAUCCUCAGAGCAUUAUUAUUGAUGAAGGCAACAUUUUAUGUUCUGCUUAAUACAUAAAUAUGAAUUCCAAGUAUCGAAGAAUUUGGAAGGGAGUGGAACAAACCAGCCUGAAGAGAAUUUGGAGGGGAGUAAUUAUUAUUUAUCAUUGGAGAAAAUACAUGGCUGGCAAACUACCUCAUUUGAGUUGAUCUCCACAUCUGUGUAGCUUUUCAUUUAUAAUAGUUCCUCCUGUGGGCUCUCAGGGGUUAAUUCCUCCCCCCCCCCCCCCCCCCUCUCCCUUACAUAUGUCCCUAAAUAGAUAAGGAUUGGUGGAGGAUACCUCAUUUAAAGAAGUGAAUGAAGCCAUUUUGCAAGUUUUAAGCUGAUUGGGACUGUUCAGCUAAUGGUGAAUUACUUCCUCCAGAAAGUCAAACUGCACUAAAAUCCACCUUUGGAGCUGCAGUGUUUGGGAGUGUUGCUGCCUCCCUGACCUACUCUUUUCUCUCCUCUUUUAAUAGAUUAGAUUAGCAGAGCCAGGAUAGGGAGCAGCUACAUGCACAGCAUAAGCCAGUAAGAGAGGCUUGGGGGUCAGGCAGGGACAAGGACUCCUGAGCAGUCCAAGCAACAGCAUCCUUUACUGGAUUAGAAGAGCACAAAGAAACACAUCUUUGUGCACAGUUUUACUCUGCACAAAAUGCCCUGUGUUAGAAAGGCCCAGAGGGUGGGGGAGAGGGUGGUUUUUCACAUGUGUUUGAUGUUGCUGUUCACUGAGGACAGUUCAGAAAAAGUAAACUAUGUGCAUCUUACACUGUUCACAUCCUCACUUUCAGGCACGCAGCCUGCUGCCUCGAGUCACGUCCUCAUUCCUUCCUCUGGAUAGUAAAUCUGGUAAAUGUUUUCUCUCAUCCAGUUAAAGUGAGCUUGUAGCUUACCUGUUGCCAAAUGCCCAGUCACAGUUCAUCAUAUCCACAGCUGGAGAUAUUUGGAGUUGUUCAGUGGACUGUACUGGAAUUCAGAGCUUGUCUUUUCACAGGCAAGGAAACAAACUUUUUGAAAGCCCUGACAGGGCCAGGUUUUGUCAGCCAGGACAAGACAGGCUGUGUUACCUUGUGAGCAUGUUGUGAACUGGUGCAAUUAGACACGGAGUGUGUAAUUCCACACUCAAGCAGCAUCUGUGAAUGGAGCUUUAUUACUUCAGUCCCGUGAAUAAAAGUGGCUUACUGGCUUACACCCACUGCAAUAAAUCCAAGCAGCUUUCCCUGCCUGCCUUUGGCUCACUGCUGCAUUAGGCAGCAACCAACUUGUGUCCACCUGAUACUGAUGAAUGACAAGUUUAACAAGAUUUAUCCUCCUUGUGUAUCUUGUCUAAAGCUGCUGCCUUUAAUCCAGCCACUGAGAAGAUUAUGCUUUACAUACUGGAAAACACAAGGUCAGCGCUUUCAUGGGGCUUGCCCAGAACUGGAAUGUAUGUCUGCUUACGAAAGUGAAGGAAAUUAGUCUCUGGGAGGAAAAAAAAAGUGUGUAAAACUAUUAACUGCUACUGUCUGAUUUGUUCCAUAUCUCUUGCAGCUUGAAUGAGAACUCAUGGUCCAGCUUUCCAAGUCCACAAAAUUACUCUACCUUAGCUCGUGAAUUACCCAGCUUUGUUUCUUUUCCUCAGUCUUUUUUUCACACAGGCUUCUAAGGAGCUUUAUUCAAAAUAUGUUACGUAUCCUAUUAAGAACUUUCUUAAAUGCGUUUUCAGCAUUUUAUGAU